AUGCAAACCUUAGCUCAUCAAUUGGUGGAGGAGUUAUGGGAAUCGGUUGAGUUAUUGCCUGAGGGAAAGUUUACAGAUUUACUGAAUUCACCUUCAAGGCUAAUCUUUGAUGCUGCGGAAUCCGGAAAUUUUGAGUUUCUUGUUAUUCUUAUUCGUUCUCACCCUGAUUUUAUAUGGAAGGAAAAUGACAAGGGUCUAAGUUUAUUCCACGUUGCUGCUUUACAUCGUCAUAAAAAAAUCUUCAACAUAAUUUAUGAACUCAAGGGCAUCAAGGAUUUCAUAGCACCGUAUAAGGAAAACGAAUCUCAAAAUACAUUGUUGCAUCUUGUGGCGUGUUUACCAUCUACAGAUCGGGUACAGUUUGCAUCAGUAGCAGCACUUCAGAUGCAAAGCGAGCUCCUUUGGUUCGAGGCUGCUAAAGGGACAGUUCCUCUUUCAUACAUCAUAACCAAAAACAAGAAAGGUGACAUACCGCAUGAACUAUUUACGACUCAACACGAAAGUUUACGCAAAGAUGGGGAGAUAUGGAUGAAAGAAACGGCGACACUCAUGUAUGCUCGUAUCGACACUGAUAGCAACUGUGGUCUUUGCAGCAGCUUUUACUCUACCCGGCGGCAACGAGAGCAAAGACGAUAA